AUGAUGAUGAUGGACAGAUCACCCCAUCAUCGUUUCAUUUUCAUUGUGGGUAUCAUUUUGUUUAUAUUUUCAAUUAAUACAAUUAGUAUUACAGAGGCACAACAACAACAAUUACCAAUAGAUCAACGUAGAUAUUAUGGGUCUACUAUACCUCAAGAUGUAGCAUCGAUAUGUAGUAGUGGUCAAUUCACUUGUGGAUCUCCUUUUGGUUCUGGUGGUUCAUAUCAUGUUUUAGCAAUAAAUAUGUCACCUGUUGGAUAUACCAAUGUAGGAGCACUUCCUUCUAUUUCAACAUUUUCCUUUCCAGAGUUGGUAACACUCUCCAUUUCUUCAUCUGGGUCUACUUGGGGUGACGGAGGAACCAUCCCAAUGUUUCAAGACUUACCUAAACUCACUUCAUUUACAAUGCAAACCGAUAGCAUUAUAACAAAUAUUCCUUUAAAUUUUUCAGUUGGUAAACCUCUUUUAUCAUCAGUAGUAUUUUCAGGAUUACCAUCAUUGACAACACUGAAUUUUGAAUCAUUUUCAAAUAGUGCAAUCCGAGACAUUCUCAUUUCCUCUAGUAAAAUACAAACAAUUUUAGGUACGGAUACUGCUAUUCUGCCAAAAUUAUUCUCCAUGCAAAUCAUGCUCGAAUGCAAUGUAGCACAAACUAUUACAUUGAACGCCUUGAAUUUCCCAAUCUUGCAAGAUGUCAUUAUGAUUGGCACUAAAGGAUCACAGGCUAUUAAACUCAUUUUAAAUAGUCCUCAAUUGCAGUAUGUGACUUCCCUAAUGGUCGAUUCCGUUGCAACUGGAUCAAUCAAUCCAACAUUUAUCUAUCCACAAAGAAUUGUUAGUUUGGGAUUAGGAGGUAUUAAUUAUGCUUUUGAACCAACUGAUUUAUCAAUAUAUACUUCAAUGAAAUCACUUAUCAUUUCAAAUACAAUGGAACCACAAUAUCCUUAUAGUUUUUAUCCACCAUUAUUAGAGAAUAUUAGAUAUUCUUACUCUAAAUUACAAUCUUUUCCAAGUAUUCCAUUACCAAAUAGAAUUGUAACAGCUGACUUUAAAGGAAAUUUGAUUGCAGGUACUAUUCCAGUUUCAAUGUUAUCAAACAAACCACCUCAAUUAAAUCUAGAUGUCAGUUACAACCAAAAUCUUGGAGGCGUGUUGCCAGAAGAAUUUUGUGGUAUAGCAAGUUUAACAAUCAUAAACACCAGUAUCUCUGCCAUCCCAUCAUGUUAUUGGUGUUUUGCUUCCAAUUCAGCAAGAUUGAUCACAAACCUUCUCCCUCCAGCUAAUUUUCAAUGUAAUGUGACACUUGACAGUACCAAUGUCUAUUCAACUCAAGGAUUAUUUACAAUCACGGGAAAUAAUUUAGGGUGGGGGGAAAAUGUUAAAAAUUUUGUUAGAGCUAUUGAACCAAACAAACAAUUAAUAUUUAAAAUGCAAGUAAAUUUAGGACCACAACAAAAUUUAACAAUUAAUCUUGUUGAGCCACCAAAACCAGGUUAUUCUAUUAAAGUAACAGUGUCUGAAAAGUCAUUCCUUUUGACUUCAUUUGGUGGUGGUGAAUCAGAACUUGGAGUAUACAAAUUCCAAGUAGCUUUUGAAUAUUGGGCCUUGGAUUAUUUCCCAACAGUUGAUUUAAAUUUUGGUCAAGUACCUUGCACAUUGACUAAUAUCAAUUACAACACCAAAACAAUUACUUGUUUUAUCAAUGAUCCUCCACUUGGUAUUCAAAAUUUAACCAUUUAUAAUCAAUAUACAAAUUAUUCAAUGCCAAUAUCAAUUGUUAAAAAUAUAUUUAUUUCAUCAUAUUUAUUGGAACCACCAACUUAUCCACCAACACAUGCACAUUUAUAUGGAUAUUUUGGUAAUUUUUCAAUGACCGAUCCAAAGAGUUAUGUUAUUGUCACUACCUCGGCUGGUAUGAUGUUUUGCAAUUUUACUAUUGCCAACCAAACCUAUGUCAAGUGUAAAUUUGAAAGACAACCUGCAUCGGGACGUGGAUCGAUUGCUAUUAUGGUGCCGUUGGGGUCAGGUUCUUUUGAUUUGUAUUACCCCUUCCCACCUCCCACCAACGCCGAAUGCCAAUUGAAAACAAAUAAUUGCACUGGUCAUGGAGAAUGUGUAAAUGGUCAAUGCGUAUGCGAUACUGGGUACUUGGAUUUUGAUUGUAAAUUAAAAUCAGAAGGACCAGGCGUCGACUUUGUGGUUGACAAGGAUCCGUCGGCUACCUUUAAGUUUUUAGACUACUCUUUCUCGUUUACCAUGAUGUCCAUUCAAGAGGUUGAUGUCAAUGACAAUGUAAUCAAAGAAUUACCGACAAAUAAUUGGACAACCAUUCAACGUAAAAAGGAUGACGUUGUGUCAGUCGAUUAUCACCUAACUAGCCACCAAUAUUCAAAAAAUGCAACCGAUUAUUUCCAACUCAAUGUUACAUCGACCAUUGAAUUUUCAAAUAAUUCUAGAACCAUUCAAUUUGGUGGCGAUGACUAUAAAUUGGCAAAUGGGUCGAUCAAGAUAUCGGUCAAUGUAACAAAGUGGCCGUUUGAUUCGGUAUUCUCUUCUCUCCGUUUGGUUUUCAUCACAACCAUCAAUAAUGAACAGAUCCUGGUUGGAUGUGACGAUUCCAAGACAGAGAUUGAAUCAAUCGAGAAUUUUGUUGGUGGAGAUUCCAUCCAAUACCUCAGAGUUGUCAAAAACACUACACAAUUCUUUGGACGAUUUUUGGAUUACAGUGUGACCGAUGGCAGAAAGACCUAUUCAAAGACACAAGUUAUGAAUGUCACUAAAAAGGAUGCCGAGGAAUCCUAUGUCAUGAUUGGUGUCAAUCUUCCCAAUUGCAAAGAGUGUUUGAUGGACCCAGACUUUUCUGCUCUUCUCAUCAAUCCAACUAGUAAUUGUCCAGGUCAGAAAACCAACGACAGCUGGAAAAUGAUUGUUGGUAUUGUCAUUGGAGUAGUUGGUGCCAUAACUCUUUCUAUUAUUUUAAUUUAUAUUAUUAAAAAGAAUAGAUUCUAUUUUAUUAUAAAAAGAGUUGGAACUAUGAAAGAAACUUUUAAAUUAAAGACGAUGAGGGAUAAAUCAAUGUCUUAA